AUGGCCCACGAAGAGCUACCAGCCUCUGCAGCUAUGGCCUCUGGGUCAUCGCGGGCAAUGUCGGCCGCUGUCCUCUCCUCCCACCAACAACGCCCUCCCCGCCAAACAGAAUCACACGAGGCCAAACAACGUUCCGCACCGCCACGACCGGAUGUCUUCUCUCACCCCGCAGUCACCGCCUAUGUCGCCAACCAUCCCAACCGACCCAUCCCUAAGUUUGGCGCGUAUUAUAUGCUGCAGACUCUCGGCGAAGGGGAAUUUGGCAAAGUCAAACUUGGAAUCCAUGUCAAGUAUGGAGAAGAGGUCGCGGUGAAGCUCCUGCGCCGAGAAGCUGUUGAGAAGGAGUCGAGAAUGGCGAAGAUAGGAAGGGAGAUCGAAAUAUUGGAUCUACUCAAACAUCCCAACAUCGUUCGUCUUUAUGAUGUCUGUGAAACGGACAAGUUCUUUGGCAUCAUCCUCGAAUUUGCGAGUGGAGGGGAACUCUUUGACCAUAUCCUUGCCCAUCGAUAUCUGCGAGAACGAGAUGCCGCCAAGCUGUUUGCUCAGCUUAUCUCUGGAGUGUGGUACAUGCACCAGAAGAACAUUGUGCACAGAGACCUCAAGCUGGAAAACCUUUUGCUUGACCGGAAUCGCAACCUUAUCAUCACUGACUUUGGCUUCGCUAAUCACUUCAACCGCGAUAAAAACGAGUUCAUGGAAACCAUGUGCGGCUCACCGUGCUAUGCUGCUCCCGAGCUUGUCAACGCAGAAGGAAACUACGUUGGCACCAUGGCGGACGUAUGGAGCUGCGGCGUUAUUCUCUAUGCUAUGCUAUCCGGAUACCUCCCCUUUGACGACGACCCCACGAACCCAGAAGGCGAGGACAUCAACAAACUCUACAAGUAUAUUGCCACAACGCCACUCACCUACCCCGAGCAUAUUUCAGACGACGCCUGCAGCCUACUAAGUAUCAUGCUGGUGCCAAAUCCCUCUGGUCGCGCAGACCUUGCCACCAUCAUGCGACACCGUUGGUUUGCUAGCAACCUGCGGGAGGCAACUACGUUCGGGCUAACGGUAAAGGAGCUGGAGAAGCUUGCCGAUGAAGGCUCUUCGCUUGGCGGACGAGCAUAUCGAAAAAGGAAAGAUAAACCAGAAGAGAAGAAGGACAAAGAUGAUGAACGCCGUAGUCGCAGCAAACGGAAUGACGCUCGUGAGGGUGUUGCGGCCUCGCCUUCUCGUUCACGCACCGGUGAAACAAAUACAUCUGGUCGUUCAGCGACAGCAAGUCCGUUACGGGAAGUUGUUGGCAGUCCUCGGCGACGGCGAGAGCCUACCGAUAACGGAGACGCCCGUGAACGGACAAGACACACUAUCGAAGUCGGAUAUCGGCAAGGAAGAGAACAGAAUAGUUCUUCUCGUGGUAAUACUCAAACCGGCCGCAGCACACCCACUUCUGGGGCAUCGUUGCCGGCAGUUCCUGAUGAUGCAGAGCCCGUAGGCUCAAUGUCGAAUCCCGGAAGUCCGUCAAAAGACCGCCACAAACGAGGGACUCGAGCAUCUGGUCAUACCGCGGCCCCCAAUGUCAGGACUGUCUUUCUGUCGCCCGUUGUCCCGUCUUCUUCGUUGGAGAGUACAUCCGAGACUAUGGAGUCUCUAGGCUCUGUGUAUGUUCCUCACAAUAGGGCAACCACUGAACUGCCAAACGGCGCUGCUGUAGAUUUGUCAGCAAGCAUUCGAUCUCGUCCACUCCGGACACAGUCCGAUGCAGCUCGAGAUUCAGUGUCGAAAGCACAAGCUCGAGCCGGUCUUCCACCUCUUAUCAUCGACUCUUCCUCCUCCUCCGGUCUUGAAUCUAAACCUCCUUCCACCCCAUUGAAUAACAGUGUUACUGGGCUGCCGAUUCCUAUUUCUGCGAGCCCCAGCAAACCAAACAAGGUUAUGCAAUGGUUCCGUCGCGGGCGACGGACAACAGUCAGUGCUGGCUUGUCGCCAGCUACACGUGACUCAGCGGCAGCAUCUUCUGUUGAAGUCGCAAGUGUUCCCCACGCUCACAAGUCUCCUCCGCUGCCCCCAACGCCAACACAUACCAACGCGCAGGCAUCACCAUUCUUGGUCAUGCCGGGAACCGGCGAACAUCGGCAACGGACUUCGUCUGCCGUGUCCAUCACAUCACUGUUCCGGCGCUCGGCCGGAGUAGCAGGCAGUAGCAAGACCUCAAUGCGGGUACAUCAUGGUGCGGUUGACCAUGAGAUGAUUACUGCCGGGCGACCAGCAGAAGUGAUGAAGCAUCUGUGGGAGGUGUUAGCCGGUAUGGGCGUUGAAAUUUACGUGGAGGGCGAUUUCAAGUAUCGGUGUACGCGGCCGGCAAAGCGCACCGGAAGAGAGCGUGAUCGGCGAGAGGCCAGUGGAGGAGACACAUCAGGUGUCUUCAAGGGUCUCUUGUCGCGUCGUCAGCCUUCACCAGCGCGGUCCAUAGCGGAACAACAGAGCAUCGUCGCUCGCUCGACGACUCCACAGCCUCCCCGACCUGAUGCAGUCUACGGCUACCAUUACGAAGACUCUGGCGACGAAGUCCGCUUCUCCGUAGAACUAACCAAGCUGGAUCGUCUCAAGGAUAUGUACAGCGUGGAUAUUCGGAGGAUGAAGGGGAAUCUGAAGAGUUACAAGUUCCUUUACGAUACGCUACGAGGACGAGUGGAUUUGCAGACUUGA